AUGAGUGCCCAGAAAUGCGUUGUUGAGGGCUGCAACUUGGAAUAUGAUGUAGUGUGCAGUUUCUCCUUCUACAAUGUUAAUACCUCAUCAGAAGUGGAUGAGAAGAGACAGGAUUGGAUUGAAGGGGCCAUGCAAGAGGAGAGUGAGUGUCUCUGGCGACAUGUUAACUUACAGUUGUGUGGGUAUCACUUUGAGUUGGACUCUCAGGGACUUUGGAUAGACUCACCAAUGCUACCUGAGCUCCUGUCGCCUCACGAACAAGCUGCAAUGGGACAAACCCCCGAAGAGAAAAAAGCCGCGGAAAUAAUUCGCGUGGAACACAACUAUAGUAUGGAGGCAUGCAAGCAGGAGCCGGAAUCUAUUUCUCGUCUGAAUGUCAGGCAAUUGGUUGAUACACUCGGUUAUCUAUCACUCAAGAACCUUCAGAAGAAGCAAUUGUGGGUGGUGAAAGUGGAAAGUGAUAAAGCUGAAGCCUCCAUCACUCAGUCGGAGCAGGUCAUCACUAAGAUGCAGGAUCCUAAACAGAUUAUAGAGAUAAUCCCACAAACAUCUCAAUCAGUAGACAAUAGUCUUCAAAACCAGACUGAAGUGCUUCAAAUGAUAGAUGAUGGCACAAUUGGAGAUAACUUCAUAUACGAGAUCGCUGAAGAACAAGAGAUAUCCAUGGAUGAAGUGAAGGAAAUACCCGCUGCUGAGAAUCAGGAGUGGACAGUUAACAUAAUACCGGAUGACUCUAAGCCCAAAUACGCGUACAUCAAACAUUGCAACUCGGGCAAGAAGAAGAGACACUUCACAUCAGAAAUGAAUACCAUCUCUUUACAAGGUGACUUCGAAAACUACUACAUCCUCCCCGAUGUAGACCCUUCAGUUGGUGUUGAAAUCACCACCAGCUACGACCAGGAGAACUACAUAGUCGAAGAGUAUCCCCACUUGGUCUUAGAGGAGCGACCGCGAAAACGUGAUCCCGAAAGAAAGAGGAAAAAAAAAACUUCUCCUACCGUCAGACAGCAAGUAAAGCAGAUAAAAACUGAAAUUGGCGAAGACUGGGUGAUCGACAGUAAUAUAUAUGAGGAGCAAGAUGAAGAAUAUGAUGAGAAGAAAGCGGCCAGGUCACUAGCAGCAGCACAGGUACAAGAGGUACGCUCAAUAACUCGAAUAGAAAGAAUUGGCGCGCAUUCCCACAUACGUGGCUUAGGUCUUGAUGAUGCCUUGGAGCCACGAGCAGUGUCACAGGGUAUGGUGGGCCAGAAGAUGGCAAGGAAGGCAGCUGGAGUCAUUCUACAAAUGAUACGAGAAGGUAAAAUAGCAGGCAGAGCAGUGUUAUUAGCUGGACAACCAGGCACUGGAAAGACUGCCAUUGCAAUGGGAUUGGCACAAGCUUUAGGACCUGACACACCAUUCACCAGCAUGGCAGGAUCUGAAAUAUAUUCAUUGGAGAUGAGCAAGACUGAAGCAUUAACUCAAGCCAUCAGGAAAUCUAUUGGUAUAAGAAUAAAAGAAGAAUCAGAGAUAAUAGAAGGAGAAGUAGUAGAAGUAGUGGUGGAAAGGGCAGCAGGUGGUGGCGGAGCCAGGACUGGUCGUCUCACUUUAAAGACCACAGAUAUGGAGACUAAUUAUGAUAUGGGAACUAAGAUGAUCGACUCACUACUUAAAGAAAAGGUGCAAGCAGGUGACGUAAUUACCAUAGACAAAGCCACGGGAAAGAUAAACAAACUCGGCAGAAGUUUUGCAAGAGCCAGAGACUAUGAUGCUACAGGUCAACAAGCCCGUUUCGUUCAAUGCCCCGAAGGAGAACUUCAGAAGCGUAAAGAAGUAGUCCACACCGUCACAUUGCAUGAAGUAGAUGUCAUCAACUCGAGGACGCAUGGAUUUUUGGCUUUAUUCUCUGGUGACACUGGUGAAAUUAAGUCAGAGAUAAGGGAGCAGAUUAAUAGCAAAGUGGCCGAGUGGAGGGAAGAAGGGAAGGCUGAAAUGAUUCCUGGAGUUUUGUUUAUAGAUGAGGCACACAUGCUGGAUAUAGAAUGCUUUUCAUUCCUCAACCGAGCGCUUGAAUCUGAAAGUGCUCCAGUGGUAAUUAUGGCAACAAACCGGGGAAUAACACGAAUUCGAGGGACAAAUUAUAAAAGUCCCCAUGGAAUACCAUUGGACCUUCUGGAUAGAAUGAUCAUAGUCCCCACAGCACCUUACUCUCCCCAGGAGUUAAAAGAAAUACUUAAUAUUAGGUGUGAAGAGGAAGACUGUCAGAUGUCAACCGACGCGUUGACAGUGCUGACACGUGUCGCCACAGAGACGUCACUCCGCUACGCGAUACAGCUUAUUACCACUGCUUCACUUGUUGCUAAACGAAGGAAGGCCACCGAAGUAAGCAUGGAGGAUGUGAAGAAGGUGUAUUCCUUAUUCCUAGAUGAGCAUCGGUCUGAGCAGUUCCUUAAGGAAUAUCAGGAUGAGUUCAUGUUUAGCGAUGUAUCUGGAUCUGGUGAUGGACCACAAUUGAUGGAGGUGUCUCAGUAA